AUGAGCGCCAACUCCUCCAACUCCUCCGACUCUCCCGGGCCUGAAGGGGCCACCGGCGGCAACGGCAGCAACCCCAUUGGGAUAGUGCGUCAGCUGGCCAUCCCGAUUAGCAACAACAUCGAGGGGCCGACCGACUGGCCUCGCAUUCACGAGAUCACGCUCGCACGCUACGACGAGAGGGGUGACAUCCUUCUCAUCUGUCGGGAAUUGACAGAGAUGCACGGGAAUGGCUUCCAGCGCAAGAUCAUUUUGUGGUAA